AUGUCGGGGAAGACCGUCAAGGAUGUGAAGGCAUAUGUCGACGAGAUUGUCGACGAGUUUCGCACAGGAGCGCAAUGCAUGGAAUCGAAUCGCAGGGGCCAUGACUGGCCUGAGGCAAAGAUACAGGAAGCAGUUGACCUCUAUGAGUCGCUGUUAUAUGGGCAGUCGUCAGUCCGCUCCGAAUUCGAGAAUCACUUUCACCGUUUUGGAAAACCGUUUCAGGCCGGUAAUGAGAGUACUCUCGCAUCAUUGCAGGCUACGUUGGUUGAUCUACAAGCCAUGACCAACUCAUUACUUCGAGGAUGGGUACGGGAUGCCCUCAGCUUGGACUUCACAACAUUAUACGAUACGGCAAAUGUAAUUCGUAGCGACACCCUAAUGGCCUUGGGUCAACUCUGCCGACACUUGCGGGAAAGCCUAUCGACCUCGGAUGAACCACCAAGCCUCUCUUCAACAAGGUCCUCCUUUGAAAGUUUUCAAACUGCCAUGCCGCCUGCGCAUGAAGCACGGAUCGCGAAUGGUCUGUCGUUGCCUGCCAAUCUUAGCACUCGACGACUGUCAAUCCGGCAGAGCCCGACACGGAUAGUAUCCCUCUCCAGUCACCAUUCCCGAGAACAACUAUUUCCAAAAGACUCGGCGAUUACUGUAGACUCCAAGUUUUGUCUUCCAGAUGUCGCCAUUGAUACGUCUGACCUCACCACUCUAACAACACUGUUCCAAAAGGAAGAAGCCGAAAAACCUGCCCGACUCAAUACCUUGAACCGGGGCAUGUCUCGAGGUAUUGGAUCGAUUAGAAGCCAACGGCGAGUCUCUUCUGACCGUGGAAGCGAUAAAGAAAGCGUCAUGAACAAAGUCCUUUCCGUUGUCGGUUUUGGCUCUGGAACAAAUAGCAGCAGCGCUUCACACAGCACCAGCAACAGUAAUAGCCGCAGGAACAGCGCCGGCAAACCUCAUCAUAAUAAUGACAGCAUGUCUCCCGUAACCUUGGACUCCCCGGCCUCUACAACGUCCGUUCCUCGAACUACUUACUCAAUUUUCCCCGCAAAUAUGAGCUCGCACGCCCCCGAGGUCGUCAAUCCUGACAUGCUGCCGCUGCGCAUACCACCCACGUGGCCCUCUCCCAGCAACAAUUACAGCGGCUUCUGCAAAGGCGCAUGGAAACUUCGCGAAGGCCUCAAAGGCGCCAUGCGUCUUCGUGAACGACCUAUAGGCAUGUAUGCCACGUCUUAUUACUGGCGAUGCGACAAGUGCGUAUUCGAGGGUAUCGUGCAUGGUCCGGACAAGCGACAUGCCGCCUUUGAUGAACGAGUCCGGACCGCUCAUGGAAUCCAAUACCGUUGGGUCUUUCUUGCCAAAUGCCAUGUCUACAAGGGACAAUACACCCCCGAUCAAAGCGACUCGCUCGGCUGCAUCUUUUGUUGUGCCGAGGGCCUCAGGACACCCGCUUACGGUAACGUCGAAAGUCUCUUGUUUCACAUCUCUCAGAAACAUCGUAAUGCUGGCGAUGUCUUGGGAAGGGAGUUGUUAAGUCGCAUCAAGUGCAUUGUUGGCCGAGUAGCUCUUCCAAAAGAGGAUUUUGAGAUAAAUAUCUUGCCUGCACAAGAGAUUGCCGAGUUGGAAGCAGAUAAUUAG